AUGGCAGAUCAAGGUGACCCAAAUGUUGGGAAAACGUCCUUCUUUCUAAGGAUCAGAGAUGGAAACAAGUUUUGUCUUGAUUAUUCUAGAUUGCUGAAUGGACAUGACUGGGUUUUGGACUACCAUAUGAAAAUAGAAGAUUGUGAUGUUACGGUACAACUGUGUGACAUGCCCGGAACUGGAGGAGAUCGCUACAGGCUUAUGAAUCACAACAGGUUGUUUUUGAAUGCAGAUGCGAUUAUUUUCAUGUACAGUAUUGAAGAACGAUUCACAUUAGAGAGCGUGCGAGACUGGUAUGAGAAUACCGUUUCGGGGCCCAACUUCGACAAUUGCAUACUGGCGUUGGUAGGGACCAAAUAUGACUUGCUAAUGGAGAUUGAAGUCCACACUAUCGAAGAAAUGUGCAAAGAAAUUGGGGCCAAGCUUCAUUUCUUUACUUCAGCAAAGACUGGGGAAAUGGUGAAGGAAUCACUGGAAGAAGUUAUCAUGGAAGUUCACAAACGCUCCCUGGAGAAAAGGGAGCUGUCUGUGGAGGGUGCUUCAGAACCAAAUGUUACACUUUCUGAGAACAACAAGACUAAGAAGUCUAGAUGCAGCUAG